CAUCUGACCUUAAACAGGCUUAGAGAAUUUCCUACUUAAAAGAGUAAAAAUAAUUAUCUUUAUUUUUUUCUUUUUUUUUUUUUUUUGAAACAAAAGAUUUAUUUUUAUUUUCUGUUUUGCUUUCAGCAAUUCUUAGAGCUGCUGAAAAGCAUGACUUCCUCUUCUGUUGUGGCUAAACCUCCAGUAAGACGUGUUGCUGUCUUCGGGGGAACUCAUGGCAAUGAGUUGUCAGGGGUAUUUUUGGUCAAGCACUGGCAAGAGAAUGGAGCUGAGAUUCAAAGAACAGGAGUGGAAGUGAAACCAUUUCUUACCAACCCAAGAGCUGUGAAGAAGUGUACUAGAUAUAUUGACUGUGAUCUGAACCGUGUUUUUGACCCUGAUAAUCUUGGCAGGACAGAGGUGGAAGAUAUUCCAUAUGAAGUGAGAAGGGCUCAGGAAAUCAAUCAGAUAUUUGGUCCAAAAGGCAGUGAUGAUGCCUAUGACCUAAUUUUUGACCUUCACAACACCACUUCUAACAUGGGUGGUACCCUUAUACUUGAAAACUCCAGGGAUGACUUUACAAUUCAAAUGGUUCAUUAUAUCAAGAAUGCUUUGGCUCCAGAACACUGUCCUGUUUUGCUGAUUGAACAUCCUAGCUUGAAAUAUGCAACAACUCGAUCUGUAGCAAAACAUCCUGUUGGUGUGGAGGUGGGUCCCCAGCCACAAGGUGUUCUUAGAGCUGAUAUUUUGGACAAAAUGAGAAAGAUUAUCAAACACGGCCUUGAUUUUGUGCAACUUUUUAAUGAAGGAAAGGAAUUUCCACCCUGUACAAUUGAGGUUUUUAAAAUCAUGGAGAAAGUAGAUUAUCCCAGGAAUAAGAAUGAUGAAGUUAUUGCUAUAAUUCACCCUAAACUGCAGGACCAAGACUGGCAGCCACUGAACAACGGUGAUCCUCUGUUUUUGACUCUUGCUGGAGAAGUAAUUGCAUAUAAAGGGGACUGCACAGUUUAUCCAACAUUUAUUAAUGAAGCUGCCUAUUAUGAAAAGAAGCAAGCUUUUGUAAAAACACUAAAAAUGAAACUCACUGCAAAACACAUCAGAUGCUCAGUCCUAGAUCCAAAAGCUUCCUAAGAGCUUAUUACACAUUUUCCAUACUAAAAGUGGAUUUCUUCUCUGAAAUAGAGUGUCAUUCAGUUGUAAUCUCUGGAAUAACUAAAUAAACACAGAAUCUAAUUUAAAACUGUAAUUUAACUAACACUGGUGAGCACUUUUAAGAUUAAAUAUACUGUCAUAAUGCUAAUUAUGAUGGUUUACUUUUUUUAAGAGUUUACUAGAGGUGUAAAGAAUAAAUAUUUUUAUCUCAUUUGGUAGUUCACACUAUAUAAAAUAAUAUCUUACAAAUGGGUUACUGGCUAUAAAACAUAUCCAGCAUCAUACAGAAAGAUGCUCAUCCCAAAGUCACAUUGUACUAAAAAAAUUAAAGCAUUUCUACUUUAUAAACCCAAACCCCCAAUAACCAACACUUUUUAAAAUGAGGUGAUCCAUGGAAUUAAUUCCUCAAAGAAACAUACAAAAUGUGAGAUAAAGGAAAUGCUAAGGGGAGAGAAACAGAGUGAGGGUAUGGAUAUUAAAAUCCUUAUGUAUUAUCUGCAUUUAUUACUAAUUCCUGCUAUGCUAAGGUGGAAGUCUUAUGGUUUAUUUUGUUUUUCUUUUUAUACCUAAGAAAAAGAUACCAUUUAUGAGAAAAAUACUAUCAUGAAAUGUAAAGCUUUUUAAAUGUAAAGCAUUAAAAGAUUAAAUUUCUAUUGUAAUGUGGAGAAGUCUAUAGCUUUAUAACUUUUUAUGUGUAUACACCUGCUGCUUGUAACAUUUUUGAAAUCAAAUUUGAACCAGCUGUUGUACACCAAAUGUUUUCAGUGAAGACAACAAAAUGAGGUAAUUACUCAGGUUCUGAUGACAAGCAAUACACAAACCAUACCUGAGUAUUUCAGAAAGGAAAUGAAGAAGAAUUCCAUAUGGGAAACUCUUCUCAGAAUUUUGAGGCUGACUGGUUCUGUACCUGUACAGAGAAAUCCUGGCACAGUAGCUGAAAAAGAAAAGAAAAUGGUGAUUUACUCAAGUUUCUAACGUUGUUUUUAACACAUUUGACAACAAUUUGAGGACAGAGAAAAGAUUAAGAACUGUGCAUAGAUACAAUAAUAUCUAUUUACUGGAAGAUUCAUUGUCUAGACAAUCUCCCAACUCUGUCUUUCAAAAAGUGAUGUCUUCCUUUUAUACUAAGCCAAAAACCUCUUUUCCUUGCUUUAGGUAACUUCUAUGGCAAUAAAAUAAAAGCACAGGACAAUG